UCUGGCUGGGCAUCACUUGGUUCCGCUGAGCCAGAACCAUGAAGACUCUGGUCUUGCUCGUAUUGGCGAUGGGUGUCUGGGUGGCGCUGGCGGCACCUGGUGGCGGCUCCUGCUGUGGCGGCGGUGGAGGUGGAGGAGGUAGCUAUGGUGGUGGUGGAGGUGGAGGAGGUGGACACCAUAGAGGCGGUGGCGGUGGUGGAAGCAGUGUUGUGAGGGCACAGCUCGUUGGUCACCACAGCCACACCACUGGCGGCGGUGGCGGCGGCGGUUACGGCGGUGGCGGUCAUAGAGGUGGCAGGCAAGGCCCCAGCAUUGUGAGGGCCCAGCUUGUUGGCCACCACAGUCACACCUCCGGCGGCGGAGGCGGCGGUGGUUACGGCAGCAGUGGGAGUCAUGGCGGUCACGGCGGCAGUUACGGCGGCGGUAGCGGCUGCUGUGGUUAAAUCUCCAUCAAGCAAUGUUCAGCUGUUCUACUUCUAAAGACAAUCCUCGGCCGACCCUCUGUGCCAUCGUCACUUGUACCCGUCCUCUUUCUCAAUAAACGAGCAACCUCUC